AUGUUUAAAACAUUAGACGACCUUAAAGAAAAAAAAGAAUAAGAUAAAAAGGACAAAAAGAAUACUAACUCAUAUGUUGGUGGUGAAAAAAGCGGUUUAGCAGUAGAAAAUCCAGACGAUUUAUAAGCAAUAAUAGAAAAAGCAAAAAAGAAUACUUAAUAAUAAUAAUAAAGUGGAUAAAGACUAGAAACUUAAAUAAAAAUAACUCUUUAUUCCAAUGGUUUUACUUUGAAUGAUGAUGGUGAAUUCAGAGACUAUAAUUUACCAGAAAACAAAUAAUUUAUGAAAGAAAUAAAUUAAUAAUAAGUUCCAAUUGAAUUAAGAAAAAAAUAUCCUCAAGGUUUAGAUGUUAGCUUAGAAGAUAAAAGAUCAGAAGUUUUUAAAAUUCCUCCACCACCUUCAUAUAUUGCUUUUUCUGGAUAAGGAGUUAGUUUAGGUGCCAAUUAAUAAUAAUAAUAAGUUCUUACUUAAUAGAUUUAAUAACCUAAUUUAAAAAAAGGAUAAAUAAAUGUUGAUGAAAAUAAACCAACUACUAAUAUUAAAUUAAGAUUUCAUAAUGGAACAGCAAUAAAUGUCAGAAUUAAUGUAGACGAUACUAUUUAAACAUUAUAUGAUUAUACUAAUUC